GUCAUCUUCAUCCAUCUUCAUCGCUCAGCUUCAUCUUCUCGAACCCAGCCUUCGUCGUUCAUCCAUCUUCAUCGUUCAACUUCAUCUUCUCGAACCCAGCCAGCUUCAUCUUCUCAAACCAUCUUCAUCACUGCCCUUCAUCGCACCCAGCCUUCAUCGCCUUCAUCGCCUUCAUCGUCACCUUCAUCGUUCAUUACGGUGGUCUUCCUCGAGCUUGCCGUCGCCGUCACCGUCAGUGGUCGUUGUCUUCCUCGACGCUGCUUUGAAAGGGUUUUGAGUGGCUUUUCCUUGAAAGGUUCAGAAAACCCUAACCUCCAUCACGCCGCCAUCUAUCUCACUGUCGCCACUCUUCGCGCUCAAGAUCACAACUAGGUUCGUUGUUAGCCAGCUCGCCAUUCCUCUUGUUGUUUUGCUUGUCGUCCCUCUCACUGUUCUGGUCGUCGUGCUGCUCGUCUCUCUCUCUCUCUCUCUCUCUCUCUCGCUCGCGGUUCUGCUCGCUUCUCUAUCGCGGUUCUGCUCGCCGUGCUGCUCAAAGCUCCGCUACCAACCCCAUCAGACAGCAGAGAACAUUCUACUGUAUUUGUAGUUAAAAGGGAAUUAAAGCUAUUAAAUUUCCAGUUAAACAACUCAGCAAAUCCAUCUCUUCGAAAUAAUAGCUCCUUGUCAGAAACUGGAAGAUCAAAGGGAGAUCUUUUUGAAUCAUUGCCUGUGAAGCAGGGGAAGAAGCACAUUAGUACACCUGUUCCACAUGAUUCAUACUCUAUUUUUUCUGUGAGCAGUUCUGAGAAGUAUGUUGCAAUUGUUUGGCCAGAUAUUCCUUACUUCUCUAUAUACAUGGCUAGUGAUUGGUCAAUUGUUGACUCUGGAAUUGCAAGGCUUCUUGCUUGGGAUACAUGUCGUGACAGAUUUGCUAUAUUGGAAUCAGCAAUUCCCCAAGACUUCCUAUUCUUCCCAAGGGUAGUUCAUCAAAAAGAGCAAGAGAGGCAGCUGCAGCACAAGCAACAGCUGCUACUGCUGCUGCAGCUUCCUCAGCUUCUAUUCAAGUCCGCAUCUUAUUAGAUGAUGGAACAUCAAAUAUACUAAUGAGAUCUGUUGGUACACGCAGUGAACCGACAUUUAUCUGUGGAGAGGAACAUAGUUUCUUUUCGGGCAUUUAUCUGCGGAGAGGCAUCUUAUCUUAUCUCUUAGAAAAUUAUCUGAUUCUUAGUAAAAGAUUUUGGCUUCUGUUAUACUGUAUUUUUCAAAUUGAGUUUAACCUUCUACCAAUUUUCAGGUUGACAUACAUUAAUAAUUUGGAGGAGUAUAUAUCUUUAGUAGUUGAUGCAACUAUCAAGACUAGGAUCACACGUCAAAUGGAAGCAUUUAAAGCAGGAUUCAACCAGCUUUCGUCAACUGCAGCCAAUGCUUCAUCUAAUGGGAAUGGGCCUUCGGAAUUAGCAGAUGAUGACUUGCCAAGUGUGAUGACAUGUGCUAAUUACCUGAUACUUCCUCCUUAUUCUACCAAGAAAAUUAUGUCCAAUAAGCUACUCUAUGCAAUCAAUGAGGGCUAGGAAUCCUUUGAUUUAUCACGAGUCUCAGGAACUAACUAAGCUGUCCCUGAAUGUUAAUAUGAUGAAUCAGGGCUUUUGAGAGUGAAUUAAUUUUUGGUUGCAUGUACUUCCCUUCUUCUCAUCUCAAAUAAUGGAAGCUGAAUCGGAUUGGCACAUUUUCAAGGUGUAAAGGGAUUCGCGGGGCUCAUUUUAGCGAUUAGUGUAUGUUGUAUUUUUCAACUAAUAAAUUUUUUUUUUUGACAAAUGUGAUGAAAGUUCAUGUAUG